CAAUCCGCACACUCUUACCUCCUCUACCCGCACCUCCUACCCAAAGAAAGCACGACACCUAAGAGGAUCAACUAAAAGAAGCAAGAAAUGGGGGUAAGCAGGAGGAGGCUGCUGGUUUCAGACUUCAUCAUGUCCUUCAUGUGGGUCUGGUCAAGUGUGCUUAUUAAGAUGUUUGUUCACACAAUGUUGGGUUAUGGGGCUCAUGAUCUCAAAGGUGAAAUCCUCAAACAUUCAAUAUCUGUCAUCAAUAUGUUCUUCUUUGCCUUCUUGGCUAAAGCUACCAAGGGUGGGGCCUACAACCCUCUCACUAUCUUGUCCGGUGCCAUCUCUGGGGAUCUCUCCAAUUUCCUCUUCGCCGUCGGUGCCAGAAUUCCUGCUCAGGUCUUUGGUUCAAUUACUGGGGUUAGGCUCAUCAUUGCGUCAUUUCCAAACAUAGGGCGUGGACCUCGUUUGACCAUCGACAUCCACCGAGGUGCACUGAUUGAAGGGUGCUUGACAUUUGCGAUUGUUACCAUUUCACUUGGACUUUCCAGAAGAAGUCGUGCGAGUACCUUGAUGAAGACGUGGAUAUCCAGUCUGUCCAAGCUGACUCUUCACAUACUUGGUUCUGAUCUAACAGGGGGGUGCAUGAAUCCAGCCUCUGUGAUGGGGUGGGCUUAUGCUCGGGGGGAUCAUAUAACCAAGGAGCACAUACAGGUUUAUUGGCUUGCUCCAAUACAGGCAACUUUGCUGGCUGUGUGGACUUUCAAUUUGCUAGUUUCCCCACCAAAGGACGAAAAGGAGAAGAUGAAAGAGAAAAAGUCAGAAUGAAGGGGAUUCCUAAAUUAUUGGUGAUCGUACAGUUUGAAUUUUGUAUCAUGUCUUUCUCCAGUGUGAUUGCAUGAACUUAAUUUUCUGUUUUUAACUUAACAUGUAUAAUGUUCAGUUAAGGAUGUACGUUUUGUCUCUGUUGUAACCUCUCUCAAGAGCGAUUGAGAAUCUCGAGAACUUUUCCAAAUGUCCGUCUUCGCAGGAUGAUUGGAAAAGAGAUGAGUAUUUAA